GAACUGGAGCCGUAAAUGUCAUCCUUAGAAGGCCCCGGGACUCACUUCCUCCUGAGAGCUCACAGCAAAAGUGCCAGAGCCAGAUGUGCCCUUGGAGUUAAGGCUCCCGCCCAUGGAAAGACCCCUCACCGUCCUGCGGAUGAGCCUGUACCACCCCACCCAGGGCUCUGCUGUCUUCGCCACUGUUCCACAGAGGCUGCAGCAUGACACCAGCCCGCUCCUGGUGGGGCGGGGCCUGGACACCCACCUCCAGCUGCAUCUCCCCCGCCUGUCCCGCCAGCACCUGUCCCUGGAGCCCUACCGGGAGAAGGACAGUGCUCUGCUGGCCUUCAGCCUCAAGGCCCUGAGUCGCAGGGGCUGCGUGUGGGUCAACGGGCUGGAGCUGAGGUUCCUGGAACAGGUCCCCCUGAGCACCGUCAACAGAGUCGUCUUCGCGGGGAUCCAGAUGGUGGUCCAUGUAGAGGGAGGCGCCUCCCUGGAGGCCUUUGUCUGCUGUGUCCACGUCAGCCCCUCGCCCCUGAUUUACAGGCCCCAGGCUGAGGAGACUGAUGAAUGGGAGGACAUCCCCAAGGAGCCGCCUGCCCCGGGUUCAGAGCCACCGGUUCCAGGUCACCUGGGCUUUCUCCAUGGCCCUUCCCCGACUGCGGACAGCUCACCCCAGCCAGGCACUGGAGGAGGAACAGAUAUACAGCUCCAGAGGGAGCGCACAGACGGCGCGCUCUGCUAGCCCCGCUGCCACCCGGAGCACACCAUGGCUGAAACCGGACUUGAACUAUUCUAACUACAUCAUGCGACGUUGACAAGCAAGGCCUGCCUGGCUAAUAAUGAACCAAUUCUGCAAACAUGAACAGCCUGGGGCGGGGAGGGGGGCGCGCCCUCCCCGUUUCCAACUCUGCAAGGCAAUGGGAACUUCAUAUACUUUUAGAGGCCCUGAGGGGCCCUGGGAGCCCCUCGCAGCGUUUCCCCACAUUUCACGGUCUUGUCUGACUAGGAGUUACUUUAUGUUGCUAAUUUUGUGUGCUGCUUAAGAGCGGGAGUUUGAGGUUGCG